AUUCUGCUCAAUAUCGCUGCCAUUUCUAUGCGCUGAGUGCCACGUGGAUCAUCACUACACCGCCCGUAUAUAAUGGCGCGCGCUCUUUGCUCCCCAUCCACCACAGCCUACCAUCGCCCGCCUGCCACGUCCGCCUCUUCGCUCGCAACGAUGGUCAGCGCCACGGCAGUGGUGACGCUCACACGACGACGCGGGCGAGGCUUCCAGGAACGUCGCCGCCAUGUGCCCGGUCGUGCGGCAAAAUCGCUGCCCCAUCUCUGGCCAGCCAAGAAUCUCGAAUUACGCUCGCGGCAUCACCCGCCCCCCACCCACAACGUGUCUACCAACCGCCACUCCCAUCUCGUCUAGGCAUCAAGCGUGCACACGUACACGCGGUGUCCGUACUUCGAUUUCUCGUACUCAGAACAUCAGCACGAAUUGAGCCUUCCCCGCGCCUUCUACUUCAGGGUCUUACAACUCUAACUGCGCGCGUCAGAACCUGAUGAGAUGGUUAGCCAGCAUCCAGGUUCGCCUCCACGAUUGACCCAGCCCCGCCUCACCGGCCCCUAG